CCGAUCACAUGACGUAGCCUGACAGAAAGCGAUGUAGGAAAGAGAUACAGCGGAAUAAGUUGACUAAACUUGAUCUGUAAAUCCCAAUUCUCUGGAGAUAUAAGGCUCUGGUGACUUUCGACAAUGUCUUCUGAAGACUUUGAAAACCACGAGGAGGAUUUUAGAAACCUGUACGAGGAGCUACGCCGAACGGCUCAGAGCAGACUUCCAAAUGCAUUCGGAGAGGAGAGAAAAAGAAUUGUCCGAGAGGUUAUGCGGGGCAUAGAGGAAUGUACCACACUGGUCCAGGAGAUGGAGGAGGAAGUGAAGCUGGCCCCGCCCACCUACAGACCACAGAUGCUCAGCAGGUUACGCAACUACAGACGGGACCUGGACAAACUGCAGAGGGAGAUGAAACAAGCCUCAGGUACGGGAAUGAUGCGCGAUGAACUGAUGUCAGGAGGAACGUACGACCCUGACAGCGAUGAAGCUAGGAUGUCAGCCUCUCACCGUUCCAAGAUGCUGCAGGGUCUGGAGAGCCUGAACAGAACCUCGGCCAGCAUCGAGCGCUCAACCAGGAUAGCUGUGGAGUCUGAGCAGAUCGGCACGGAGACCAUCGAGGAGCUGGGAGAACAGCGUGAACAGCUGGUCCGCACCAGGGACAGGGUACAAGACAUGGAUCAAAACCUCAGCACUAGCAAAAAGAUCCUCAAUGCAAUGAGUAGAAGAGUGAUGACCAACAAACUGAUUCUGGGGAUGAUAAUCCUGGUGGAGCUGGCCAUCCUGCUGGGACUCAUCGCUUACAAGUGGAUCAUACCAAAAUCUGGGAACCAUCCUGCACCCACCCCUCCACCACACCCUUAGUCUGGUCCAUGUGUUAGGAGCACCACAGAUGAUCCGACAGCCACCCAAAUGUAACUGUAACUGUAGCCUUAUGCUAAGGUCACAAUUCCUAAUCAGGGCUGGGCAGGGAAACAAAAAGUACGAUAAAUGUUUUUUGACACAUUCACACAAACAAUUGGCCAGGCCCUGGUUUUGUAAAUGUAACCUUAGCAUCACCAGAUGUGUGUAAGAUAUGAUAAUCAUAUAGUGAAGCCCCCAGUGCUAUAAAUGCUGCAGCUAGUUGUUUAACUGUUCCCUGAAGCCUUCUAUGAACCAUGCAUCAUGUCUGCCUUUACCAAUCCAAAGGCCUAUUGGAUAUCAUUGUUAACGAUUCGUAAUGAAUCUAACUUUUGAAAUUCAUGGAAUGUGAUACGUAAGAAAGAUAUUGUUUUAAAUGGUGGGCAAACUAGUGGAACAAUCUGUAAAAAGCUUCUUUUACAUGUUACAUAAGGCUGGUCUGGAAUUAAACAUUUUGGAAGACAGUAUGAAAUGUAACUUAAAAUGCAACAAGUCUGUUCAUUUUCCAAGUUUCAACACUCUGACCAGCACAAACUUCUAACAUUGCCCACUGGAUUUUAGUACAUUGUAGUAGUGUAAAGAAUUACUGGCAAUACAAUGUAUGCACAUAUGUAAAAAGAUAUUCCAUUAUAUUCUGACACUUUUGCAGGGCACUGGAGAUGUGGAGCAGUAUUACAAAUGUACAUGACAUGUGCUUUCUGUAUAAUAAUAUGAUAAGGUGGAACAACUUCCUGGAUCUUGCGUAUUAAGAGCACUGUUGAUGUUUUGUUUUUAAAGAUUCAUCUAACAAAUCCUAGAGUCAUUGAAUGAAAGGAGUGACAAGGAAAUGUGAAGUGCCAUCUUU